GCCUUCUUCUCUUUCGAACCCUCUCCUCUCCUCUCAUUCGCCCUCCUCUCCGUCGCCAUUCCUGGCCAGUCCCGUCCUCGCCUCUCCUUAGAGCCUCCUCUUCCCCUCCGCCUAUUCCCUCUCCUCCCUCGGCUUAUCCUCAGGGGGCUUACAGAGGCCCGAAACCCCGGCGGGAUUUGGUAGGCGACUGGGUCUCCAACAACGAUGGGUUCGUCCGGAGCUUGCCCAUCUUCGUGGGCGGCCUCUCCUUGCUCGUUGUCCUCCUUAACCGCGCCUUCUCUGGCAUCGCCCCCGAGUUCUUGAACGACGACGGCGACGAGACGAGGGUUCUGAGCUCCACCGCCCCAUCCUCCACUCCCUUCCUUCAUCGCCGUCUUUUUUCUAGAAUCGAAUCGAAGCUGCACACGGUCUCUCUUGGCCUCUCUUUCCCCAUCUGUUCUUGUUGGUUUCUCUCUCUCCUUCGGAGGGAAAUUACAUGUGCCGAAUUGUGGUUUUCGUUCGUUCGGGAGUGAUUUCUCUGGAGAUGGUUCCGUCUAUCAUCCGGAAAGGUAUAUCUCAGCAGCCCCCUCCUCCUUACUUCCAGCCAUUGCAGGAAGGGAUGUGCUCUGUGCUCACAGGCCAUGAGAUGUAUCAACCACCACUGGAAGAGGAACAAAUGGGAGGUGGUGGGAUUCCGGGAUUGAAGAACUGGGUCACCAGGAGCUUCGGCGCUGGCAACAACGGGCUGGGUGAGGAAGGGGGUGUGGGAUCUGGUGGUCCUCUUGGUGCAAUGGGGUAUGGGGACUUGCAGAGAUCCAUCGAUACAUUUGGCCAGAGAACAUCUCAGUAUAGAGGUGUCACAAGGCAUAGGUGGACUGGUAGGUAUGAAGCCCAUCUGUGGGACAAUAGUUGCAAGAAGGAAGGCCAAACAAGGAAAGGAAGACAAGUUUACUUGGGGGGGUAUGACAUGGAAGAGAAAGCUGCAAGAGCCUAUGACUUGGCUGCCCUCAAAUACUGGGGACCUUCCACACAUAUCAACUUCCCGUUGGAAGAUUAUCAACAAGAACUCGAGGAAAUGAAGAACAUGAGUCGACAAGAAUAUGUUGCUCAUUUGAGAAGAAAAAGUAGUGGGUUCUCACGAGGAGCUUCUAUGUACCGAGGCGUGACGAGGCACCACCAGCAUGGAAGAUGGCAAGCUCGAAUUGGGAGGGUUUCAGGAAACAAAGAUCUUUAUCUUGGAACCUUCAGUAAGUUUUUGAGGUUAGAAGUCCAACCGCUAUGCUGCACCCAAUCUAAGAUGCUGAAAUUUCAGAGGUCCUGUCGAAGAAUGUGGUUACUGGCAAUGACUCUGGUUUUGUGCAUCAGGCAUAGGUGGAUUGGUAGGUAUGAAGCCCAUCUGUUCGGGAGUGAUUUCUCUGAAAUUUUUUUUUAAAAAAAAUAAUAUUCU